GGCAAAUUGGAAAAAUUCAGAUGGCGGCGAUUUCAGAAACUGGAGCGCAGCUCUUUGCUCGACUUGGUGAGAAACCCUCUCUUGCUAGACUGAACCCCAAACUAAUCCCACCAGGUUUAGAGCCUAGGCCUGGAGAUGUGGUAGAGAUCUACGGCAACAGUGGCUCUGGUAAAACUGAGCUUCUCCUAAACCUGGCUGCAAUGUGUAUUCUUCCAGAGCAGUGGAAGGCAAUUGAUAUUGGAGGACUAGGAACCAGUGUUGUGUUCGUAGACACUGAUCAUCAGUUCUCAAUGCUCAGGUUGUUUGCUCUUCUGGAGAGGAAAGUUGCUGAAGCUAUUGAUAAAAGGACAAAGCGUAAAGGUAGGAUUGGAGAUCAUGAUGGAGGUACGGCAAGCACAACACAUUUUAAUUCUGAGUGUGCCAAUCAAAAAGACAAUGACAGCAAUAAGGAAACAUGCUUGCAACAAAAUGUGAACUUAAAUUUGCACAGUGCUUCUUGCAGGACUACUGAAAGUGCCAAACAGUCGACCGAUGAAGCCAAGUUUUCUCCCCCAUCUGAAGAGGAAGUAGAGACUUUCUUAAAGGCAUGCUUGAAGAAACUCUACAUGGUCAAGAUUGCUACAAGCAACCAGCUGGUUAUAACCCUCCACUCCUUAGAAUCCUUACUAGCCAGCCAGUGUGACAUCUCUGUGCUCAUGAUGGACUCUGUAUCAGCGUUCUACUGGGUAGAUAAGAUGAAAGGAGAUGGUGCACAUCGCCAAGGUGUCAAUCAAAAGCUGGCAUUUGGGGCCCUCUCUAGACUAGUCGAAGACUACCACCUAGUCCUGUUCGCUUCCAAGGCAGCUCUUGUAACUAAGCAACCACAGAAUGAAUUCAGUUUAAGACUUGACUCUACUGGGGAAACGGAUCAUUCCAAUCAAACUUCAACCUCGAGUGUGAAGUUAAGCACAGACCAUCAUGAGUUUAUGAGCCAGGAAUGGACAAAGCUUGUCACUCAUAGGAUGAUUCUAGAACGACAUGAUCACAUGACCUCUGAUGGACCAAACAGCUCCUAUAUAUCGGUGCUUAAGCACAAGGCCUCGGGAAAUAUGUAUUCAUGUCAAUUCAUUGUAGAUCAACAGGGCAUAAGGGUAUAGCCUACGGUAUCUAUAAAGGGGAAGUUUACUCUGGCAUUUGGGCUUAAAUAAAAGCAGAAAUGAUAAACAGAUCAGUGAAAAUUUGAGGAAAGAAGGAGGGAGGAUAUUUAUUAUUAAAUUCAUUAAGUUUGAAAAACAUGUAGUUCUUAAUCAAAUUUGCAACUCUGAUAUUCAUUGUGAGCUCCUAUCCACUUGUAUGAAAUUUCAUUAAUAUCCAUUUUCCUCCAAAGCAAUAAUGGUGCGAUUCAGGCCUGUGACUUAGAUUAUUGUUAGACCCCUCGAUGAAAUGGAUGUUUUUCUUUAUCAGCAACCAAGAGGAUGGAUAUUUUAGAUAAUUUCAAAGGGAGGGGGGAUAAUUUCAAUGGGAAAUAAAAAGUUGCCAUCUGUUUUCGUUCAAUAUAAACUUUACAAAAAAUACACUUUUAAUGUUUUAUAUUUCAUUUACCGGUAAAUUUAUCCAGUCCAGAGCUGAUUUUCUCCAAACUUUCAGAAUUCCACUGAUCUCUAUCACACAUUUUUUCCAGCUUUUAUUAAAAUCAAAUGAACUUGAUAUCAGGAUGGACUUGCCCUUUAAUACAAAACUUCUCUGAAGGGAAUGUUGCUACUCAAAAUGGAAAUGGGAAAUAAAAAGUUGCAAUCUGUUUUCGAUCAAUAUAAACUUUACAAAGAAUACACUUUUAAUGUUUUAUAUUUCAUUUACCGGUACAUUUAUCCAGUCCAGCGCUUAUUUUCUCCAAACUUUCAGAAUUCCACUGAUCUCUAUCACACAUUUUUUUCAGCUUUUAUUAAAAUCAAAUGAACUUGAUAUCAGGAUGGACUUGUCCUUUAAUACAAAACUUCUCUGAAGUGCAAUAUUUAUUUUCAAAUAAACAUACAUGUAUGAUGA